GGCGAAUUCAACCCAGCUAAAGAUUGUUGCACCGUUUAUAUUGUCGCCGUUGUUGAUCUAUCUAAGCUCCCUUCUCAUUUUCUUCAAUUCAAGCUGUCCGGCACUUUCUUUGGUUUCUUCUUCUUCAGUAAGCUGCUGCAGGAAUACGAUGGCAAUGGCGGUAAAAGCGCCAGUAACAGGAUUAAGCGUGGGUUCCCACCCAGCUGGCCCAUCGGGCUCGUCGGGCAAUAGAGGGGUCAUUAUUGUCAGAGCACAUCCUUUCAGAUCAUCGUUGUUUGGUCGUGGAGUUGGUUCAGCUCCAAAAUUUGCUGGACUUCAACUUUCUUGUUCUACUGGAUCCCGAAGGAAUGGUCGUGGAAGGGGUGGUGCUCUUGGUGCUCAAAUGAGUCUUUUUGAUCGGUUUGCGAGAGUUGUUAAGUCAUAUGCAAAUUCGGUAUUAAGCUUCUUUGAAGACCCAGAAAAAAUAUUGGAACAGUCUGUAAUUGAAAUGAAUUUCGAUUUGGUCAAGAUGCGUCAAGCUACAGCACAGGUAUUGGCUUCCCGGAAGCAACUGGAGAACAAAUAUAAGGCUGCUCAGCAAGCUUCUGAAGAUUGGUAUAGAAGAGCUCAACUUGCUUUAGGGAAGGGUGACGAAGACCUUGCUCGUGAAGCUCUCAAGCGUAGAAAAUCUUUUGCUAGUGACGAAGUUAAUUCCACACUAGAUGGAUGUUCUUUGAAGCAGUUUACUGCAUCUUCAGUUUCUGAAGCUUGUAUUCCAGUGAGGAGAAGGGAAGAGGGGAAGGAGAAGGAAGAAAACCUGAAUGUUCUGCCUGUCCAUUAUAUUGCCAGGAGAACUGAUAAUGCAAAUGCUUUGAAGACUCAGCUUGAUCAGCAGAAAGCUAUAGUUGACAACCUUGUCUCGAAUACAAGGUUGUUGGAGAGCAAAAUACAGGAAGCUAAGUCUAAGACGGAUACUUUAAAAGCAAGAGCUCAAACUGCAAAGACUGCAACAAAGGUGAGUGAGAUGCUGGGGAAUGUAAACACGAGUAGUGCUCUGUCCGCUUUCGAGAAGAUGGAAGAAAAAGUUUUGGCUAUGGAAUCUGAGGCUGAUGCGCUUAAUCAGUUGACCAAUGAUGAACUCGAGGGAAAGUUUGCAUUGCUAGAAAGUUCUUCAGUUGAUGAUGACCUCGACAGCUUGAAAAAACAGAUCUCCGGAAACACAAAGAAAGCAGAGCUUCAGCUUCCAGCAGGAAGAGCACCAGUUACAAGCUUGAAGUUUCAAGAUGCUGAAAUCGAGCAUGAAUUGAACGAAUUAAGGCAAAAGGCCAAGGAAUAUUGAGCAUGAGUCUUUGAUAUAUUAUUGGGUAUAGUCACUGGGUGAUUAUUGAGUCAUGUUUAUACCAUUUAUGGUGCGCUCAAUUUGGCCAACUUUGUACAUAAACUAUAGGCUUUCCAAAAUUUUCUACACUUUUGGAAUUUUUUGGACUCUUUUUGUUAUAGUACCUCUAAGCCCUAGUAUACGAUUUCAAUGCAAGUGUGAGUGCUCGCAUUUUGCUGCCAUUAUCAUUCUUCAAGAGCCUAACGAAAUGAAAAUGCAACUCCAAUUAAUUGUUAUUUUUUCACAGCAGAUGUAAUGCUCAUAUAAAUUAUUUUGUUAAUAAAAAGUAAAUAUAAAUGUGUUGAGG